AGUCUUCGUCCGGUAAUGUUCGGUGAUCACGAUCGAUCCCGGACCUUCCUGGACGGGUUGACAUCCAUCAUUCUCAAGACCGUCUCAUCCAACUUUCAACUCGAAGCUAACAGGAAUUUACAGGUUAUCCUCCGAGGAGGAGACGCUCUAUUUCGUACCACGUGGACGCUAGGAUGUCGAACAAGGAACAUUAGCGACGAUGCCUCUGGUGAGACACGAUCGGGACGCGCUGAGUAUGGGAAGCCCUCUAGUCCCCGUUCCUUCUUUCCAAAAAACCAUCUCAACUGCACUUUCCGCCAUCCCCCGUUGAACAGAGGCAAGAUGCCACCAAGGCGAUCGUAUGUUGUGGCGAAUGAAGGGGAUGAUUUUCCGAACUGACAAAUCCUUUAGGAGGAGGCGUCUAGCUUUGCAGGCCGAACCAUCAAUAGGUCGGUAGCCCAAAUUCAGACUUAUGUUGGACGUCGUUCUGAAGCCCACUGCAAUCGUCUGUAGUCAAACCACUCAAAUUUCCCUCGGAGUUGCAAGACAUGAUCCUUGGCCAACUUUCAGAUGCCGCAUCUUUGCGUUCCUGCGCUCUCAUCAACAGACACUGGUCCACCUCCGCUCGCCCUCACAUCUUUCGCGUCAUCAGGUUGGAUAGCUGGAACAGGCUCGCUGAGCUCACCGAGGUCGUUAUGUCCGAUAGGAUUGUCGCAAACUACAUACGUGAAGUGCGCCUUCGUGGAGGAGUUGGAGGCGAGACGGAUGCACGCAAGAAGCAGGAUGACGAUUGGUGGAUGUACCACUUCCCAUAUAUGCUCGGCGGCCACCUCAAGUGCCUCAAGACCAUAGAGCUAUCCAAUUUCUAUCGCUCCACCGAUGUAUAUGACGAGGAGAGGCGGACGGAGGAACAGGAGAAAUUUGCGACUUGGGUUUAUUCAUUAAGAACGCUCAAGAGCGUGGAGAACCUGACUCUGAAAGUGUGCACAAUGAGCAGUAAUGCGUUGACGGCGAUCAUCCGUUCAUUCCGACGACUCAUUAGAAUUGAAUUCUGCGACGUCGUUGUCGAUGAUUCUGGUGAUCCGGAUGCCAUUCGGAUUCCCAAAUUAGACAGUGCUGAAACCCCUGGAGAGUCACAUGCGGGAAAUACAGGGUCAUCCAGCUCAGCUGUAUUAUUCCCCCUCUCAUAUUCUGAACCACAACUACGCGCGGUUAAUGUGGACCAGGACGAGAAUUCGACAUUCGACCCGUUUAAUUUCGACCCUCUGAAGGCUUGGCUUUUGCCACGACACAUUGCAUCUUCCUUGAAGGCAUUGGUAUUUGGGGGGAAGAUUGAAGUCGUUUCAUUCAUCAGGUUCAUUUCCAACUUGUGUCCUUGUCCGUCACUGGAAUACAUUGCAUGUAGUACAUUUCAGCUUGAUGAUUUCUCCGACCUCGACCUGUCCGGGUUCCCGAACCUCAACAGACUUUAUUUCAACGUGGGAUAUCUUGAAGACAAUGUCGACGCUCUUUGCCGUAUUCUCUCUCGAACCCAUACUUCUCGUCUGAAACAUAUUAUAUGUAUCAUAAGGCUAGAGGAGUUGGGCGACCUUGGUGACAACGUGGUCGAACCGUUAGACAAUCUUCUUUGCAGUGACAAAUUCCGCCAAUUAGAAUGUUUGGAAGUGAUACAUAGGCGUUAUCAGCCUCCUCGAAAAGUCAGGCAGGCAGGCUUGAAGGCCUUUCCGGGACUUUUCAAACGCGGAAUAUUGAGACUUCACUAUCGUGCAGUGUAGCCUUAGGUGCUCAAAUGCACGAGUCAUAAAUCUAGCUCGAGAGUGACAGGCAUUCUCGGGCGAAUCCACGCAUUGGGCUUUGCAUUACGUGAUAUGGUAUGACAUAAACCAUAGGCAUAGAUAAAUAGGGAGGAGGUUUAGCAUAAAUAGUGAAAACUGUGGCCUUCACAAACUCGUUUUAGGCGAGGGGAGACUAUACAUACUCCCCGCCGAACCGGAAAAUAUACAGAGACUUAGAUUGUGAUGAGACGGCGAUGAAAGAGGAAGAGUUUCAUCCAGGGUGCAGACACAAUGCAGCUUCCUGGUUGGGCAUUCAGGGAGCGUCUCUUGUGAAUUUGCUACACUGCUCUGAACUAGCAGACGCCACGUUGAAAUUCGACUUGGAGCCCAU